GGCCCUAACCUUCUUGGAAAUGGAAAAAAAAAUGGUCAGAACCAUCUGCAUGACCUGUAGUCACUAUUCUGGCUUGGAGCAGGCCCUGUUAUGCCUAACCUGUAUUCUGCAUAACACUGUUUAUCCGUAUGCAUGCGGCAAUGGCAGUGGCAGUUGUCCGACCGUGAUCAAGGAAGGCCCGGCAAUGGUGGUGAAUUCACAUUUGGACCGGAAUGUCUGGCCUUUUCUGUCGCAUCCUCCCUUUGCGCCUGUGCUGGUUUGGCUUUUUACCCAUGCUUGUUCGUCGGAACUCGCAAACACUGGAAGCAAGAGCAAGUGCUCGUUUCUUGAGGAAGGCAGGCUCUGGCUGGCUCGACCCCCCACGGUUUCACUGCUGGGUGGGACCCGCGCACCCGCCGCGGUGGUGAUCGCCCUCGUCCCCUGAAAUGACGCACGCCAUUUGUUGCUGUUGCAGUCCGGCUUCACUUCCUCUGCAAUCUUUCUCCUCCUCCUCCCCCCUUCUUCGUCACUGUUCACUCCAUCUCCAUUAUCCUCCUCCUCAAACGCCCGUGCGCCGCCGACCCGCCGUUCCUGUUCACCCAGACUUUGGAUUGGUAUAAGGCACUUCAGUUUGGGAUCAUGUGGUUCAAGUAAUAUUGCUUACAAGAUGAUCAAGGGAACCGCAGGCCACCAUAACCACCCCAUCGGUGCAGUUCCAUUCGAGGCAUUUCAUAACGGAUCAUGGCAUGGAGUUAAUUCUAUAAGGAUACGGAAUGGCAGCCUCUUUGUGAAAUUUGUCCACUCUGGAUCUGCUGUCGAGCAUAACAUUGAUGGGGACUAUCUGCGCUUACAUUCCAGAAAAGCAACUUGCUUAGAUUGCUCACAUGUUCUCAGGCCAGGUGCAGAUGUCUGUGUAAAGCAAGCAAGUUCCAGAGAAGAAACAAAAUCUUCUGUACCAUUGUAUCGUGAUGCAAGGCUCAUCAAAAUCAAGAAAAAACAUCACACAGACCACUGCCUCUGCUUAUUUACUGUUAUUUUCUACAAAGACCAGUGCCCUGGCAGUAAAGGAAAAGUGACAACUGGUACAAUAGCCAAGGUAGUGACAGCGGGUGAUGUUUUCAUCUUGCAAAAGCUCCAUUCUGGGGAGCUGCAGGAUGGCAGCGUGCAAUGGAGUUCGGCAGAGGAUUGCCUCCAUCAUAAUAGAAGCAAGCUGUUAAGUGCAAGAUUCUCCACAGAAGUUACACACCUGGUAGUUUUGUCUAGCCUGAGGGGAAUGGAAUUCAACAUCAAGGUGGUAGAAGGUAAGAUCAUUUAUCAAAUCAUCAAAGGAGAUCAAGAGCGGUAUAGUGAUGAUUCCAUGAGCAUACCUCCAGGUUUUGGCAAGAGCAUGGACAUAAUAUCAUUCAAACCACGUGAUGAGGCUUUACGUCCAAGGAUCAUAACAGUUCAAGUCACUCAGGUUAAGAAGCACAAUUUCACAGAAGACAUGUGUACCACUGUGAUGGAUGAAUUGGAUAGUGCACAAGAUGUUGAAGUCUUGUACGAGCAUGUGGACUUGAGACGUUCAAAGCGUAUGAAAACUCAGCCAGACCGCUUUACUUGUUACGAUGCACCUAAUUUCAAUCGAACCUACAAGAAGAAAGAGGGAAACGCAUCAUCAACCAAGAAUGAGAAUUCACAGAGUGAUUCGAGUUGGGAUUCACCAGUUCAGGGAGAAUCAAGUGAUGAAGAGGUGCUAGGAAAUCCUUGGGUGAAGCAAACAGUUUUCGGGCCUUUCAUGGUCAAGGAAGACCCAAGUUCCAUGGAAGUCCAGCGCAAGAACCCAAUGAAAAGAACUAAAUGCUCUUUUCCUGUAAAGGAAAAACCAACCUGCGUGGAAAUAGAGAAGAAUGCAGCUGAGCAAAGGAGCCCGGAUUCCCACAUUCCACAUACACCUGCGAAGAACAAGGAGAAGAACAGUCGUCCACCUUUAUCAUUUCGAUUGAAGCCAUUUACUUCAUCUCACAGCCAAGGUGGCAAUAGUGAACCAGCAUUCUGCCAAAAGAGGGGUAGGAAAAGAAAGAAACACAUGCGUGAAAGAGAAUACAAGGAAAUGAUAGACCAAUGCAUUGGAAAUAUCCAGUAUGAAAUGGAGAGAGAUUCUGACUUUAAGCUAGAUGUACAGAUAAUGAACUGUAACGGACAUGCUUACCAAGAAGGGGAUUUUACAUGGCCGCCUUCCACUGAUAGUCAAGAGGAGAAGGAUGAGUUUGAAGAACUGUGGAAAGAAAUGGACUAUGCAUUGGCCUCAAUAGCACUUCUUGAGCAAAAGCAGAUGCAAGAUUCAGAAGCCACUCGUGAGAGCAAUACUGAUCUAGGAAAAGGAGAACACUGUCAUCAUGACUGCAUACUGGAUGAACAGCUUGGUCUAACCUGCAGGUUGUGCAACGUCGUGUGCACUGAGGCAAAGGAUAUCUUUCCACCAAUGUUCGCUGGUAAGGACUAUGAGAGGUCUGGACGGAGCGGAUUUUGUCAAGAUGAUCAUGUGCUUGACUCUUCUUUUCUUGAGAUCUGCGCACCAGAAUUCUCCAAAUUUAAGGGAUCUGGGAAUGUGUGGGCUUCAAUCACUGAUCUUGAACCAAAGUUACAUGCUCAUCAAAGAAAAGCAUUUGAAUUUAUAUGGAAAAACUUGGCAGGCUCAUUACAGCUUGAAGAAAUGGAUGAUUCAACAGCGAGUAGAGGUGGCUGUGUGGUUGCACAUACUCCCGGAGCGGGUAAAACACUGUUGCUGAUCUCAUUUCUUGUCAGUUACUUGAAAGUUCACCCAAGAAGCCGACCAUUGGUGCUUACUCCAAAAGCUGCAAUCCAUACAUGGAGGAGAGAGUUUGAGACAUGGGGCAUUUCGCUUCCUUUACAUGUGCUCCACUACUCUAACGGAAGGGGAAAAGCAAUGGGGACUCUUAGUUCAAAAACACAGGCGAUUUUGAAGAAUUUCCACCAACCAUCCUUGAAAAUGAUGCGGAUGAUGGAUAGUCUGGACAAAUUGUGCAAGUGGCAUGAGAGUCCAAGCAUUCUUCUCAUGACAUAUCCAUCUUUCUUAGCACUUACAAAAGAAGACACAAAACUGCAGCAUCGGGCGUUCAUGGCGAAAGUUCUGAUGAACAACCCUGGGCUAUUGAUCCUCGAUGAAGGGCACAACCCAAGAAGCAACAAAUCAAAGUUGAGAAAGCUACUGAUGAAGGUGAAGACUGAAUUUAGAAUUCUCUUGUCUGGUACAGUCUUCCAGAACAACUUCGAAGAGUAUUUCAACACCUUAUCUUUGGCCAGACCUCGUUUUGUCAGUGAUGUUAUGACGGCGCUAGUUCCAGAAGCGGAAAGGGAAACACGGAACAGGACUGGUAAACAUCAAGAAGCAGUGGCAAGGCGCAUUUUUGUGGAAAAAGUGGGGCAAAAGAUUGAGUCUAGUAGCAUGCAUGACAGAGUGGAUGGCAUCUCAUUGUUAAACAAGCUUACUUGUGGGUUCAUCGAUAUAUUUGAAGGGACAAAAGAAAACAAUCUUCCAGGGAUACGUGUGUAUACCCUUUUCAUGAAACCCACUGACAUCCAGGAAGAGGUGCUAGCAAAAGUAACAAUGCCCGUACCGGGCAUUGCCCGUUAUCCUCUGGAGGUUGAGCUGCUCAUCACAAUUGCUUCUAUCCAUCCUUGGCUUAUAAAAACAACCAAGUGUGCUAGCACUUACUUUACCCCAAAAGAAGUAGCUAGAGUUGAGAAGUACAAGCAGAAGUACACUGUUGGUUGCAAGACAAAAUUUGUGAUUGAUCUUCUGCACAAGUCCUCAUUCAGAGGGGAGAGGGUGCUGAUAUUUUGUCACAAUGUAUCCCCGAUAAACUUUCUUGUCAAGCUGAUAGAGAUUGUGUUUGGAUGGCGUCUUGGGGAGGAAGUCCUGGUGUUGCAAGGUGAUCAAGAGCUCCCUGUGCGCUCGGAUGUCAUGGAUAAAUUCAAUGGUGAUAGAAAGGGGAAGAGGAAGGUGCUGAUUGCUUCAACAACAGCCUGUGCCGAGGGUAUCAGUCUGACCGGUGCAUCAAGACUAGUGAUGCUGGAUUCAGAGUGGAACCAUUCAAAGACAAUGCAAGCUAUAGCAAGGGCAUUCCGGCCUGGGCAGGAGAGAAUGGUAUAUGUCUACCUUCUUGUGGCAUCUGGGACAUGGGAGGAAGAUAAAUACAACAGCAACAGGAGGAAAGCUCGGAUUGCAAAAAUGGUCUUCCUUGGACGUUAUGUUGACGAACCAUUGCAAAACAAUGUGACUGAAAUCGAUGAUGAAGUUCUGAAGGAGCUUGCUGAUGAAGAUCAGACCAAAGCUUUCCAUAAAGUAGUGAAGCAGGACUGAGAAAUGCUACUAGAGUAAUAUCUACCAUGUCCCUCUCAUGCUUAGAAAACUUGCAUUUUGCUGAUAUGGAAAAGGAUCACGUAUUUAGUCUAGUGAUUUUAGCUGGGGAAAAUCUAGAGAUCCUUUUCGUUACGACUCAAAGGUGAAGAUCUUAGAUUUUUAUGUUAUUUUAAGUCCUAAUGAACAUGCUUGCCUGUAUGAGGUGACCGUUUGAUGGAUGACAAUCGUUGCAAAUAUACCACCGAAUUGGGAACUCAGAAGCCACAUUCUGCUGGCUUUGUUUGGUAUUGUACAAAGUUUGCCUCGAGCGGCCGCUGGCA